GAUUCAGUGCCCAGCCACUCUGGCUGUCGUGGCCAACAUCCUGGGAGCGGUCCUCAGCGCCACCUGCAUUCCAGCCAGCACCAAAGGGGCCAGUGCCAAUGCCCAGGCUCCACUGCCAGGCAGCCCCCAGGCCCGCGUGUUUGACCUGAAGGCCAUCACCCGCCUGCUGCUGCUGCCGGACGUCCUGGGCGUGUUCCUCGUCAAGGUGGUCUCUGGCUUCCCCUCGGGACUUUUCAUGGUCAUGUUCUCUGUCAUCUGCAUGGACUUCUUCCAGCUGGAGGCCGCCCAGGCCGGCUACCUCAUGUCCUUCUUUGGGGUCCUGCAGAUGGUGAGGAGGAGCACAGGGCCCACUGGGGGGGCAGGGGUCUUUGGCAGGGCAAUGAUGUCCGGCAUCCUCCACUUCUGCCUCCUGGUGCCCGGCCUGGUCUUCAGCCUCUGCACCCUCAACGUGGUCACCGACAGCAUGCUGACCAAAGCCGUUUCGGCCUCCGACACGG